AUGGCGUCCCUCGCGACCGCUUCCCGCCUCUGCCUGCGCGCGGCUGCCAGGCCCGCCGUCCCUGCUGUGCGCGCCCUCAGCACCACCGCCGUCCGCCCCGACAGCGCUGCCGCCUCGGCCGCCUACUCGAGCCCCUUCAAGGGCGAGACCAAGGGCUCCAAGAUCCCCAACUUUGGUGCCUACGUCUCCUCCGGCAGCGAGAGCAAGAACAAGCUCUACUCGUACUUCAUGGUUGGCGCCCUCGGUGCCGUCAGCGCUGCUGGUGCCAAGAGCACCGUCCAGGAGUUCCUCGUCAACAUGUCUGCUUCCGCCGACGUUCUGGCCAUGGCCAAGGUUGAGGUUGAUCUGAGCACCAUCCCCGAGGGCAAGAACGUCAUUAUCAAGUGGCGAGGCAAGCCCGUCUUCAUCCGACACCGAACUCAGGAGGAGAUCGACUUGGCGAACAAGGUCAACAUCUCCUCCCUGCGAGACCCCGAGGAGGACAGCGCGCGUGUCAAGGACCCCGAGUGGCUUGUCAUGCUGGGUGUCUGCACCCAUCUGGGUUGUGUCCCCAUCGGCGAGGCCGGUGACUAUGGUGGCUGGUUCUGCCCUUGCCACGGUUCUCACUACGACAUCUCCGGCCGAAUAAGGAAGGGUCCUGCCCCUCUCAACCUCGAGAUCCCCGAGUACGAUUUCCCCGAGGAUGGCAAGCUGGUCGUCGGUUAA